ACUCAGUGCACUUGUCUACCAGCCGUUGUCCACCUCAAAGUCCUUUGACGGUGUCGGCCAUCCCCUCCUCCUCCACUUCUCCCCAUUUCUUUCACAUUUUCUUUAUUUUUUUAACCAAUUUUUAAAAUAUAAUAAUAAUAAUUUUUAUUUUAAUUUUUUUUUUACUAGAAAAACAACAAAAGGCGAAUCAACGAGAAGUAGAAAUUCAUCGGGUAUCUCUCGUCUCCUUCCUUCUCAAUCGCCCUUUUGUCCAAGACUCCAUUCUUUUUUUACCCCUUUCCCCAAGCUAAUCAAAUAACAGUAAUGAUCUAAUCGCGUCUUCUCAUAUUCAAUUGUUUUGGAUCUUCGCAGAUCCGAUUCAUACCUAUCCCGGAUCGGAUACCCCGCUCUUCAAUCGACAAAAGGAAGGAGAUUGAUCGGAUCGGGCCGUUCCCCUGAUUGAUUUUGCAGAAGUAAUGGCGGCAUCCCGGCGACUCAGAGACCUCCAAUCCCAGCCUGCCAACAAGGUAUGCGUAGACUGUAACCAGAAGAACCCACAAUGGGCUUCUGUUUCCUACGGUGUGUUUAUGUGCUUAGAGUGCUCUGGAAAGCACCGUGGGCUUGGGGUUCACAUCUCCUUUGUCCGAUCCGUUACCAUGGAUUCCUGGUCCGAGAUCCAACUCCGGAAAAUGGAGCUUGGGGGUAACGAGAAAUUCAAUAGCUUUAUUUUCCAGUAUGGAAUCCCUAAGGAGACCGAUAUCGUCACCAAAUAUAAUACCAAAGCCGCCUCCGUUUAUAGGGAUAGGAUCCAGUCCCUAGCCGAGGGUAAGCCGUGGAGGGAUCCACCCGUUGUUAAGGAGACUCUCGGUUCAAGAGGAGGAGCCGCUAGUAAGCCACCUCUUGGCGGCGGCGGCGGGGGUCGUUCUUCCGGUGGGAAUUCCGGGUGGGAUAGCUGGGAUAAUUUCGACGAUGGAGGGAACAAUAACAGUGGCAGUAACAACGGGUAUAAUAAUCAUAGUAAUAAUAACAACAAUAUCAGGAGGAACCAGACGGUGGGUGAUUUUAGGAGCGGCGGCAACGGCGGUGGUACCCCGGCGAGAUCGAAAUCAACGCAGGAUAUUUAUACGCGCGCGCAGCUGGAGGCAUCUGCUGCCAAUAAGGAGGACUUUUUUGCGCGGAAAAUGUCCGAGAAUGAGUCCCGGCCUGAGGGGGUUCCGCCCUCCCAAGGAGGAAAGUAUGUGGGUUUCGGGUCGAGCCCUGCCCCAAUGAGCAGAAAUAAUUCUCAAGGAGACGUUUUCUCUGUUGUUACUCAGGGACUGGGUAAGUUAUCAUUGGUAGCUGCUUCAGCUGCACAAUCAGCGGCUACUGUGGUUCAAGCAGGGACCAAGGAGAUCUCUUCCAAGGUAAGAGAAGGAGGCUAUGAUUAUAAGGUGAAUGAAACUGUUAAUGUUGUGACUACAAAGACCACAGAGAUUGGACAGAAAACGUGGGGUAUUAUGAAGGGUGUCAUGGCUCUGGCUUCACAGAAGGUGGAGGAGUUUUCUAAGGAAGGUACUGUCAGUUGGAAUAAUGAUGGCUGGCAAAGAAGAGAAAGUGAGACUAAUGGCUAUUAUCAGGAAUUUGAACAUGAUUCAAAAGGAUGGAAUUCUGCCGGGGGUGGACAGUCGUCAUCCGGCGGUCAGCAUUUUAAUUCUGUCAGUUCUGGUUCCUGGGAUGACUGGGAUACUAAAGACACUAGGAAAGAAGAAUCAACUAAGGGGGCAUCACCUCAUGGGGGGGAUAGCUGGGCAGGAUGGGAUGAUGGCAAGGAUGACGAUAACUUUUACCAAAGUGCAUCUGACAACAAGUCUGUAGGUUACAGUGGUAAAUCAGAUGCGAAGUGGACCGAAGGAGGUUUUCUCUAAGGUUGGCAAAUGUCAUCUUUGAUGCUUUAUUAUGAUGCCUUCUUCAAAUUUUUUUGGUUCUUCCAAUUAAUUCAUCAAUAUAAUUUGUUGGACCUGGGAAGAGUUGUAAGGUAGAAAUAGUCUAUAUUCAUGUAAACAGCCAAGCUAAAUUGGUUUAUGGCAUACAUAGGAGAACAUAAUAGACUUCUUAUUUCAUGUUUGUAAGGAUUGAUACUUGCUUGUUUUUUUCCGUUUAGAUUUGCGCUUGUUGUAAACUGCUAAAGUUCCAUUCUUUUCUCUGUUACAUUUUCAUGUAUAAACUCCAAUCGUUCUGCAGCUGUGCUCUCGGCUCUCUCCAGCCCACCUCUAAUCAUGUUUUUGGUAAUGUAUUUUUAUGGGGCACUUUAUUUUUACUUCUUUGCACUAUAUUCAUCUUUUUCCACUUUCAGUGCGAUAUAAUCUGUUAGUCAUUUUGUAUGCGUUCGGCAAGGAUUUGUUGUCCAGAUAAGGUAUGAAGUUUCAUUAUUAAUUGUCCAAGUGCAAGCUGCAAAGUUCAGGAG